AAAAUCUAGGGUUUUAAGGUUUCUUAUCCUUCCUCUUCCUCCGCCAGAUUCUUUUCUUGCGAAGAUGAGCAACGACAAGGACAACAUCAACAUGUCCGAUCUCAACGCCGCUCUUAACGAGGAGAAUCGUGCCGGGCUUGUUAAUGCUCUCAAGAACAAGUUGCAGAAUUUGGCUGGACAACACUCUGAUGUCCUUGAAAACUUGACUCCAACAGUCAGGAAGCGUGUGGAGGUUCUAAGAGAGAUUCAGAACCAAUAUGAUGAAAUGGAAGCAAAAUUCUUCGAGGAGAGGGCAGCUCUGGAAGCUAAAUAUCAAAAGUUAUAUCAGCCUUUAUAUACCAAGCGAUAUGAGAUUGUGAACGGUGUGGUAGAAGUUGAAGGUGCAGGGGAAGAUGUUAAAUCUGAACAAGGAGAAGACAAAGCAGAAGAGAAAGGAGUGCCAGAUUUCUGGCUUAUUGCAUUGAAGAACAAUGAAAUUACUGCUGAGGAGAUAACUGAGCGAGAUGAAGGGGCUCUCAAGUAUCUUAAAGAUAUCAAGUGGAGUAGGGUUGAAGAACCAAAAGGGUUCAAGCUUGAGUUUUUCUUUGAUCAGAACCCUUACUUCAAGAACACUGUCUUGACCAAGACAUAUCACAUGAUUGAUGAAGAUGAGCCUAUCCUUGAGAAGGCCCUUGGGACGGAGAUUGAGUGGUAUCCUGGAAAGUGUUUGACUCAGAAGAUUCUAAAAAAGAAGCCAAAGAAAGGAUCCAAAAACACAAAGCCAAUCACUAAGACUGAGGACUGUGAGAGUUUCUUCAACUUUUUCAGUCCACCUCAAGUUCCUGACGAUGAUGAGGAUCUUGAUGAUGACAUGGCUGAUGAACUCCAAGGCCAAAUGGAGCACGACUAUGAUAUUGGGUCAACAAUUAAAGAGAAAAUCAUCUCGCAUGCUGUGUCAUGGUUCACUGGUGAAGCUGUUGAGGCAGAUGACCUUGAUAUUGAGGAGGACGAUGAUGAGAUUGAUGAAGAUGAUGAUGAAGAGGACGAGGAAGAUGAUGAGGAUGACGAGGAGGAUGAUGAUGAGGAUGAUGACGAGGAGGAAGAAGCAGAUCAAGGAAAGAAGAGCAAAAAGAAGUCAUCGGCUGGGCACAAGAAGGCUGGAAGAAGCCAACCUGCGGAAGGUCAAGCAGUGGAGAAGAAGCUUUUUAGUGCUUUCUAUGGCGAGGAUUCUCCGAAACCUUUCUUCACUGAAAAGCUCUCUGUUCUCGUCAGAGGUAUAUUUAUCUUGUCUCUCAUUUGGGUACUUAGAAAAAGUGUGGUUGGAACAUCGUUUCAGCUCCGAGGCUUUGCUGCCAAAGCUAAAAAGAAAUCUAAGUCUGAUGGAAAUGGAUCAUCUGAAGAAGGUAUGUCGAAAAAGGAGAUUGCUCUUCAGCAAGCACUUGAUCAGAUUACCAGUUCAUUUGGCAAAGGGUCGAUAAUGUAUCUCGGUCGUGCUGUUUCUCCUAGAAAUGUACCGGUUUUCUCUACUGGAUCUUUUGCCCUCGAUGUAGCAUUGGGAGUCGGUGGCCUUCCUAAGGGGCGUGUUGUGGAGAUAUAUGGUCCUGAAGCAUCGGGAAAGACAACACUUGCUCUUCAUGUUAUUGCAGAAGCACAAAAACAAGGAGGAACCUGUGUCUUUGUAGAUGCUGAGCAUGCUCUUGAUUCGUCACUUGCUAAGGCAAUCGGUGUAAAUACAGAAAAUCUCCUUCUAUCGCAGCCUGAUUGUGGCGAACAGGCCCUUAGUCUUGUGGACACUUUAAUCCGAAGUGGUUCAGUUGAUGUUAUUGUAGUUGACAGUGUAAGUAAGGUGGCUGCUCUUGUACCUAAAGGAGAACUCGAGGGAGAGAUGGGUGAUGCCCAUAUGGCUAUGCAAGCCAGAUUGAUGAGCCAAGCUUUGCGUAAAUUGAGCCAUUCUUUAUCGUUAUCUCAAACACUUCUGAUCUUUAUAAAUCAGGUGAGAUCAAAACUAUCGACGUUUGGAGGAUUUGGAGGUCCAACAGAAGUUACGUGUGGUGGAAAUGCUCUGAAGUUUUAUGCUUCUAUGCGUUUGAAUAUCAAGCGAAUUGGACUUAUCAAGAAAGGUGAAGAGACAACUGGAAGUCAAGUCUCCGUGAAGAUAGUGAAGAACAAACUCGCUCCGCCAUUUAGAACUGCACAGUUUGAGCUUGAAUUCGGCAAAGGAAUCUGCAAGAUCACGGAGAUAAUCGACCUGAGCAUAAAGCACAAGUUCAUUGCGAAAAAUGGAACAUUCUACAAUCUCAACGGUAAAAACUACCAUGGAAAAGAGGCUUUAAAGAGAUUCCUAAAACAGAACGAAUCUGAUCAAGAAGAGCUCAUGAAGAAGCUGCAAGACAAGCUCAUCGCCGAUGAAAAUGCAGAUAAGGAAACUGAAUCUGAAUCUGAGGAAGAAGAUUCUCUGAGAGUUGUGGUUUCACCUGACAACACAGAUGAUGAAUCACCAGCUCUUGUUGUUGGUGCUGCUGCAGUGGUUGUUGAAGCAGCAUGAUUAGAGACCUCCGGCUUAGUAUAAUAUUCUUCCUUUGGUUUAGAGUUUUCGGUUUAAUCUGGUUUGGAUUCGGUUUCCCUCUCCUCUUGUAAUUUAUGUGCAAGUUCAAUCACAUUUACAUAUAAUCGUUGCUGUGGAUGAGAAAAUUUUGUAGUUUUUAUGGGGAAAUUUAAUGUUAACUAAAAGCAGAAUAUUUUU